UGCAAAUUUUUUAGUUCAGGAUGCGUUCUGUCCGAGGCUAGUUACCCGUAUAACCUCUAGACCGGAUCCUAACUAGCUAUCUCCUAGCAUUGAAGUAUGGACGUAACAUCAAUGGACGACUAUUUGAGAGAAUUCGUUGAAGUUUGCCGUCGUGUAGAGGAUGGAAGAGAAUUUACAGUGCACGUUAUGGCUUUCUGGGAGCGUCUAGCGAAGCUGCAACUUUCCUACGCAAAAGGUCUGGAAGAAUUGUGUCAUGGCAAAAAGGCAGUAAUAGAGCGAAUCUUUAAAGCCAAGAAUCGUGGAGACCGCGAACAUGUUGGUGCUCUUCGUGACUUGUGGAGCAAGGUUUUGUCUGACAUUGAACUAAUGUCUACAAGUCAACAAGAGAUUGGGAAUCACAUCAGUAAACAGAUUGCUCAACCCAUUGACUCAUUUGUAAAACGAAAGCUUAACAAACAGGCAGGUCUUUCUAGUAGUGCUCAGAUUAUGUUGAAAAAGCUUAGAGCUGACAAUGCUGUUAUUUCAGAGGAAAGAUCAAGGUAUGUUCGUUCAGUAAAGGCUGAUAUAGAAAGGAACAAGACUGUUGGUCAGGUCACUCCAGUGCAAGAAGUAGCAAAAGCAGAUGACAGUGACGAUGCGCAACCAGACAUCAAAGAGUCAGAUACUGAUGGGUUGACGAGCAUUCCUGUUGGUGAAGGUGACAAAGAUGUUAAAGGUAGUUCAGAGGGGUUGUCUGCGAAACCUUCAAAAGUAACUUCAUUUGGUGGAUUGACGUCUUUGGAAUCAAUACACAAACAGAAUGUUGCACGGUUUUCUGAAGAUCACAAUCGUGUGUUUUCAGUUGUGUUGCCUGGUAUUCUUGAGGAAGUCAACAUGAUUGAAAGGGAACGUAUUGAAAUGCUUUGUUCUUGUUGCAAUCAAUUUGCUUGCAAAGCAAACGAGCUGUUGUCAUUACUGACAUUUAAAGAAACUACUGAUGCCAUUCAGGCUGCAUUGGAGACUUCAAGACAAGAUCAAUUACUGAUUGGUUCACCCAUUCCUGACGCACCGGCAUUUGCACCUCCAACAGCUGAAGAAUUAAGAAAAGAUCAGGGAGCUACUGAUCAUGCUUCAAGUUCAGGGUGGAAGGGAGUGUUUCAAAAGCAAAAGCAGGAAAGAGAGCCACAAAGUGAGGAUGCUACUAAAUCAAAGUCAUGGUUUUCAUUCAGAGGUCGUGGUCGGUUCUCAAAGAAACAAGGAGGAGAGACUCAACCGAGCAAAACAGACAAAGAGGACCAGGAUGCUGAGAGUGAAGCACACGUUGAUUCAAUGAGCAAGUCUUUACCAGAAGACUCUCGUUUUGAAGUGAAGCAGGAUUUUGAUGACCAGCAUGAUGAUAUUCCUAGAGAAACUUCUGAAAAGUAGGAGUUGCUAUUGGCAUGUAUUGCAUUGACUAUUUUGAUUGCUGUGACACUGAAUUAAUUAUGUGGCUACAUUUGUCUAAGAAUGCUUUAAAC